GCGGAGGGAGGCAGAGCCUGCCACGAGGCCGCGGUAUAAAUGCACGGCCCGCGCGCGCGCUUCGCUCCCGGCACAGUCACUGGCGUGGGCUAUGCCUGCGCCUUCGCUCAUGUCCGCGUUGGCUUUCCGACUGCUGCAGUCUGCGCAGAGAUGCUCCCUCCGCCCUCGCUCCUUCCACCUCGCGGCAGUUCGAAAUGAAGCCGUGGUCAUUUCUGGAAGGAAACUGGCCCAGCAGAUCAAGCAUGAAGUACAGCAGGAGGUGGAAGAGUGGGUGGCCUCAGGCAAUAAACGGCCACACCUGAGCGUGAUCCUGGUUGGCGAGAAUCCUGCAAGUCACUCCUAUGUCCUCAACAAAACCAGGGCAGCUGCAGAUGUGGGAAUCAACAGUGAGACAAUUGUGAAACCGGCUUCAAUUUCAGAGGAAGAAUUGUUGAAUUUAAUCAAUAAACUGAAUAAUGAUGAUAAUGUAGAUGGCCUCCUUGUUCAGUUGCCUCUUCCAGAGCAUAUUGAUGAGAGAAAGAUCUGCAAUGCUGUUUCUCCAGACAAGGAUGUAGAUGGCUUUCAUGUAAUCAAUGUAGGGCGAAUGUGUUUGGACCAGUAUUCCAUGUUACCGGCUACCCCAUGGGGUGUGUGGGAAAUAAUUAAGCGAACUGGCAUUCCAACCCUAGGGAAGAAUGUGGUUGUGGCUGGAAGGUCAAAAAAUGUUGGAAUGCCCAUUGCAAUGUUACUGCACACAGAUGGGGCACAUGAACGUCCUGGAGGUGAUGCCACUGUUACAAUAUCUCAUCGAUACACUCCCAAAGAGCAGUUGAAGAAACAUACAAUUCUUGCAGAUAUUGUAAUAUCUGCUGCAGGCAUUCCAAAUCUGAUCACAGCAGACAUGAUCAAGGAAGGAGCAGCAGUUAUUGAUGUGGGAAUAAAUAGAGUUCAUGAUCCCGUAACUGCCAAACCCAAGUUGGUUGGAGAUGUGGAUUUUGAAGGAGUCAGACAGAAAGCUGGUUAUAUCACUCCAGUUCCUGGAGGUGUUGGCCCCAUGACAGUGGCAAUGCUAAUGAAGAAUACCAUUAUUGCCGCAAAAAAGGUGCUGAGGCUUGAAGAGCGGGAAGUGCUGAAGCUUAAAGAGCUUGGAGUAGCCAGUAAUUAACUGUUGUGUCUUCUGUGUCAUGAACAACACUCCAAGCCAGCUCAAGAAGCAAAGCAGGCCAAUAGAAAUGCAAUAUUUUUAAUUUAUUCUACUGAAAUUGUUUAAAAGGAUGCUUUGUAUUUAUUAAAAGCUUAAAUGGGUGGAUGUUUGUGCACGCACCUGUAGUACCUCGCCAGGGAGCAUUCCAGUAUUCUGCAGGGUCAUGUGAUCUAGCCAAGUGCAGCCAUUAACCUAGUGAUGAACAUGGGAGACACUGUCAUAUGAAGAAUGGACGCUUAACUUUGUCAAGCCCUCAGUUAAACAUUUGCCUUUUCUAGGAUUGCAUUUCCCAAGUGCUAUUCCAAUAAGAGUUGAUACUCAUUUUAGGUACCAAACCUUUUGAGUUCAGCUGAUCAAACCAAAGGAAAAGUGUUGCUAGAGGAAAUUAGGGGAAAGGUGAAAAAGAAAAAAAUGGUAGUAAUUGAGUAGAAAGAAAUUAAUUUAUAUAUGUAUUGAUUGGUAACCAGAUUUAUCUAACUAGAACUGAAUUUGCUAGGAAAAAAAACUACAUGUUGUUUUCCUAAGCUGUCUUUUUAAGGCUUAGUCAGUCAUUGGGAAAAUGUUUAGGAUUGUUCCUUGCUAUUAGUCCUCAUUUUAUGUUUGUUACCCUUCAGUAAGUUCUCCCAAUUUUAGUUUUCUAGGAUUGAAAGGCUUCUUUUAUACAUUAUUCAUGUGUAUUGUCAUAUUUGUUUUUUGCUAUAUACUUUAACUUCAUUGUUAAAUUUUUGAAUUGUAUAGUUUCUUUGCUAUAUUUUAAAAUCUAUUUUUGAAAAACAAACUUGGCUUGAUAAUCAUUUGGGCAGCUUAGGUAAGUUUGCAACUUACUUUUCCACCAAAGAACUGUCAGCAGCUGCCUGCUUUUCUGUGAUCCACCCUGUUGACUUUUCCAGAAAAUUUUUAAGAAUUUCAGUUAAUACUGAAUUUAAUCAGACUUUUUGAUUAAAGAUUUUCUCUUUUUUAAUAAAAUACAUCUGUCUGGUGUGGUAUCAAUUUCUGAAAUUCUGUCUUCCUAUGACUCCUAGUUGCAACCUAACCAGAGUUUUUUUUUUUCUCUAAUGUAAUCAAUGUAGAUAUUGCUAUAUUCAGUAACACUUACUUCUAUAGCCUUAAAUAGAUAUUUUUUUUUCUUUUUUAUGUAGAGAUGGGUUCUUGCUAUAUUGUCUGGGCUGAUAUUAAACUCCUGGCCUCAAGCAAUCAAUUCUCCUGCCUCAGCCUUCCAGAGGACUGGGAUUACAGGCAUGAGCCCACGGCCAGCCUAGUCCUCCAGUCUUUUUUUUUUUUUUUUUGAGACUGAGUCUCCCUCUGUUGCCCAGACUGGAAUGCAGUGGAUCUCAGCUCACGGCAAUCUCUGCCUCUCAGGUUCAAGCAAUUCUUGUGCCUCAGCCUUCCAAGUAGCUGGGAUUACAGGUGCAUGCCACCAUGCCCAGCUAAUUUUUGUGUUUUUAGUAGAGAUGGGGUUUCAUUACAUUGGCCAGGCUGGUCUCGAACUCCUGACCUCAAGUGAUCCACCUGCCUUGGCCUCCCAAAGUGCUAGGAUUAUAGAUGUGAGCCAUCACACCUGGCCAGUCCUUCAGUCUUAUAUCCUAACAGGUUGUGCCAAGCUAGGAGCUUAAUCUGUGAAAUACUUGAGGUGGGGAUAGGUUCCUUGACCAUUUUGGCCUUUGGCUUUCAUGCAAGCAGAAGUAGCUCCUGCUCUAGGCAGCUUGAAGCAGAAAGAAGAGUUGAGUUGACCUACCUUUCUUGUUCUUCUGCCAGCUGGUGUUACUCUUUUGACAGUUCUCUGGAAUUGAAAGAAGUUUAGAUAGUUUGCUGGAGAUGUUUCUGUAAGUGAAGUAUAGCUCAUGUCUAUAAGCUAUGCCUGCUUACUUACCUAGAUUGUUAAACAUGGAGCAACAUGACCAGACAGGAUUGAAUUUUAUUGAAUUACAGUUACAAGUGGGAAAAUUAUUGACUUACUGCAUGAGAAGUAUUAUGUCAACCUGUUAAAAAGCUAUGGAAGUUAAAAUGUUCAUGUAUAUACAAAAUACAAAUGACAUGUAAGGUAAAGUUACAGUGAUCAAUUUACAACAAAGAAAUUAACAAUAGUUUUCCAGCUUGUUUGAUUAAUCAAGCAGGUUUACUCUUGAAUCCGUAGCAUUUCUACAAUUUAAUUUGGACAAAGUCCCAUUCCAAAUCAGCCAGGUUUUAAAACUGAAAUGUGAAGGGUGGAUUGUUAGCUCCCCCAGGAUUUGUUGUGCGGAUGACAAGUU